AGCUUCGGACACUAUCGGACACUAGAAAAGAGCAGACGUACCAUUACUGUCUCUCCUUUCUUACGUUGCAUAUUAGUCGGAAUUUCAAGAAAUUAACACAAGUCAACAGGAUUACAUGAUAAUAUAGGAGCUCACUCUCAAAACAACAUAACAUAACGACCAUAACGACUGUACCAGUGCAGUCGAUACACACUUACCAUCGAUGCACUCGUAAUGUUACUUUAGUUAACCAAUAUAUGGCACUGCUUCGAGUAUCAUCAUGUGCUCCUGUUAAUAAUUUUACAAAAUCCCGGCUAAAAUGGAUCGUUCGGGCCGUUCCAACGGGUAAUCUUAAUUUUUAAACUGUGGAUCUGAAGGAUUUCUAUUCAAAGUGAACAGAAUAUAGAUAUCGCGACUUUUGUAUACAGUUUUGUAUCUCUAUUGUAUAUUGAAAAAAUUAAUACAUAGGAAUUCGACAUUGAAAGAAAUCCAUUGCAUCUUGUGAGAAUUCAUACUUGUCAACUUGGCUGAACAGUUAUAUUCUUUUUGAAAAGGAUGAUAGUGGGCAUAAUAAUAAUCAAUCAUAAUAGAUGACAUGGAUUGCUCUUUUUGACAAUCUGAAUUGACAAAUUUUGAUAAUCUAUCUAUAUGAUAUGACCAGAGAUAUUGUACCACUAUAUUGCUUUUGGAGUGUCAUAUCCUUCGAUUGAUUAUAUUUUUGAUUUCACUAUGAGUAUAAUUAUCAUAUCCAGAGCUAUGUUUUCUAUAUCAAGAAGUUUAUGUCAUAAGAACAUUCAGCAGUGUACAGCAACCCACUGUGUUGUGCGUUCUAUAAAAGGCCAUCAUCACUCAUGGAAGAGUGAGAAGUUUUUCAUUCAAGACAAGAUUGAUUGCAGAAAGCUACAGUACUUAAAAUUGCAAAAAUGCGACUUUCGUACUACUCAAAGUUUGCAUAUUCCACCACUUGUGGCUAUGCUUAUGCGCCCUGUCUUACGCAUUGGAGCGUUCCUGAUGGGACGUGGUUUGAAAAAAUGGUGGGGACGCAAAUCUGAGAAAGAAAAAGAGGAAUACAGACGGUGGUUUAAGGAAAGGAUUAAUAUAUUUUUGGGUUGUUUUGGAUUGUAUGGUCUCAUAUUAUUUAUUUACUAUGUAACUCAUCUUGAAACUGAUCCAUUGACCAAGCGCUCGAGAUUUAUAAUUUUUAGCAAAGAACAAGAGAAAGAACUAGGAAAGAUGGUUCUCGAGACUCAUUUGGAAAUACAUCAAAAAGAUUUGGUACCUAAAUCCCAUCCAGCUUACAAGAGGCUCUUAAGAGUGAUGGAUAGAAUUUUGUCAGCUAAUAAUGAUUUAGAGUCGAUAAGAGAAACGCAAUGGACUUUAACUGUUAUUAGUACACCGUUAACAAACUCAUAUAUCUUACCAGGUGGAAAUAUUUUUGUUUCAUUAGACAUUUUGAAGAUUGUCGAAAAUGAUGAUCAAUUGAGUAUUAUUUUGUCUCACGAAAUGGCACAUUCGUUGCUUUUACAUUCGCUGGAAGCAUUAUCCGAUCAACUGUUAUGGGAUAUUUUAAUAGCAAUACCCAUAUUUUUAAUUUGGGCAUUAUUUCCUGAUGUAGCAGCUGCUAUAACUCACUUGAUAGCAGAACGGUUUGUGAAUGUUGUGUACAAACUGCCGUAUAGUAGAAUCUUGGAAAAUGAAGCUGAUGAAGUAGGGCUCAAGUUGGCUGCGAAGGCUUGUAUCGAUAUUCGUGAAGCUGUUGUAUUUUGGGCUACAAUGAGGACGCUUACAGAAAUGCAUUUGUUGCCCCCAGAGCUGCCAUGGAUAUCGUCACAUCCCUCUCAUGGAGACAGAGAGAAGAAAUUGGACGAAGCAAUGACGAAAGCAUUAGAAUUGCGAAAGAAUUCAGGAUGCUCAAUAUUGCCUGCAGUAGAUCCAAGGGACAAGUUUUAUGAACGAUCACCGAAAGAAAGGGAGAUUUACUUCAAACAGAGAGGGAUAAUUUGAGAAUGAGGAUUCAAAGUGAUUUUGUUGUACCAUUGUGCCUAGUGAGUGAAAAAUUACUAACUUGAUUUUUCUUUAAAAUCAUUAAAAUAUCUCUAUGUUGUAAAAUUAAUACAUUUUAAAUUUGAUUUUUUAAUAGAAAGAUGUUUUAUAUAUUAUAUAAUAUAUAUUUCAAAGUUUUGUUAGUUAAAAUAUAUGUGUACUAAUAUGAAUGUGUUCUGUAAAUAAUAGUUGAUAAUGUGUUUAAAAUGCAUCUUAAUCGUUUC